AACAUUUCGGUUGAGCAUCACUGAAGAGACAUUAUUAUUCGAAAUGCGCAUCUGGUGCAUCAGAAUUGGUACCGUAUAAGUUCAGGAUUGCAUUCCUUCGCUAUUGAUAACGAGAAAUGCACUUCAUGCAUGCAGAUAAGAACAGGAAAAUUAUAUAACGAUGUGUUGAUGUUAACCCGAUUCAUUCAUUCACAGUAGGUGCUGAAAGAUGUUGUAUAAUUUGGUUGUGGAUGGUGUAGAUACCAAAGUGACCAUCAACGAAGAAAGUUUGAGGUUUGAAUCAAAUGGCGAUGUCCAUAUUAGUUACCGAUUCGAUGAUGUCAUAGGAUGUGAAGAGGAAAUCACGGGGUGGUUUUGGAGAACAGAAGUGACGCGGGUGUGGCUAAUCGAACAUGGAUCUUCCAACGCAUUACUAAAGAAACACAGGAUUGUGUCUGGGGACCAAAGGAAAAGUUUCCAACACGAUAUAUCAGAGAAGAUAGUACAGAAAACAAAGCGUCCCAAGAGAGUAUUGCUAAUGAUUAACCCUAAUGGGGGCGAUCGUACUGCCAGGAAAGAUUUCACGGAUAUAGUCGAGCCGGUGUUCAGACUUUCGGGAAUGUCUAUGGAUAUAAUUUUCUCUGAGUAUCCUGGACAUUUGAUUGAUGUUACUAAGUACUAUGACUUUACCAAAACUGAUGGGAUCGUUCUACUGGGAGGUGACGGAACAUACCAUGAAGUACUCAAUGUAUUGAUGAAAAAGAAACAGGAGGAACAAGGCGUGGAUUUUAACGUCCCAAAUUCAGCAUUCUAUCCCUUGAACAUUCCAUUUGGCUUGAUACCAACUGGAUCGGCAUGUCAUUGGUCAAGAAGUUGCACAGGCUCUCGUGAUGUUCUGACGACCGCUCUUCACGUCGUUAAAGGCAGAACCGUGACCUCUCCCAUAAUGGUUUUAUAUAACAAUGGCAAACUUGUUGGUUUCGGGUGUGCUGGAGUUGGCUAUGGAUUCCUUCCCAAUGUUGUAUUUCGUUGUGAGAAUUUCCGCUGGCUAGGACGAUCCCGAUACACAAUUCUUGCCUCGUGGGUGCUGCUGUUUGAAACUCUAGCACGAUACCAUUACAAUGCCAAACUUACCUUCCAAACAUCAGUCACCGAGCGACGUAACCCUGAGACCAACGAGACGGAGAUCUUUGUUGCUGAUAGAAAGCUCACUGGAUACACUUCUUAUACCUCUGAUACAGUGGUCUUUAACCGGAAGUUCUGGGACAUGCUAUUCUUUACCGGCCAUGGUAUCUAUGAUGGGAAGGCCCUGGUAGACCCCUCUAGAAUGUUUGUCCCCAAACCAUCGAUGUUUUCAUGUUUUGUUUUAUUCGACACGAUUACACCCAGAUCUGUACGACAGUAUUGGAAACAUUUGUUUGGAGCGACGUAUAUGGACGAAUUAAGUAGUGUGAUGGAUGUUUUACAUGCCCGAGAGCUCAGUGUGGAAUUAUCUGAAAAUCUAGACGACGCAGAUCAGGAUCUGUCAAUGACAAAGAGAAUAAUAUUAUUAGAUGGGGAGAUAUUGGAACUCGAGACACCAAGUUUUCAAAUAGGGUACAAACUGGAUAUUGUGCAUGUCUUUUCAAGUUACCUGUAAAGUGGCCCUAGUAUGCGUUUAUAGCUUCUUAACAUUUUAAAGUAUCGUUUGUGUAUUUCGUCACUUCAAACAUGAGCAUUUGCACUUUAUUGUUUAGUUAUCAAGUAUACAAUGUAUAUACAUUCAUGUUUGUAUUCCUUUCAAAACAUGUCUGUGCAUGUUAUUUUGUGUUACAGAUCUAGCGAUGUUCUUAAUUUAACUCUAAUCAUUCUAAGGUGUUUUUUUAUCUAUGGAAGAUCCCUGUUAUUCAGAUCUUCCAUCUUCAAUGUAGUUUAUCUUUUUUAUUUUUUCCCUUCAAAAUGUGUUAUUGGGAUUUCUUGAAAACCAAUUUGAUUUCUUUUCAUAUUCUCAGAAAUUAUGAUAUUGAAUUACAUCUAUUUUGAUGAAUCCUAUUUUUAAAUAAAUAUACUUCCAGUCAUGAAUUAUUGCAAACAUUUUGAUUCUGUCAAGAAGACAACUUGACCAGGUCAGUCUUCAAAAACGGCUGAAGUGUUACAACUCAUCUUCACAAACUUGUACGUAAAGUAGAAUGGUUUCGUUAUAGAAACACCAUUUAAAUUGAAAACGGUUUUAUUCGCAUUUCAUCCCUUUUGGGGUUUUCCUGAUUUUCUUUGAUGAUGGUACAUGUAUAACAAUAACAUAUCAAGGUGUUGUUUUAAUGUUUUGUUUACUAGAUUUUUAACUUUCAGCAAUCAAUAAAAAGGUAUAAUGGUUGUUUUCACAUUUGCUUUUUCGUCUUUGUAAAUACAAUAUUGCAAGAUAGUUUGUUAUGGAAAACGUACAUAAUUUACUUGUGUUUCUAACUCGUAAGGAUUGCAUGUAUAGUUCUACUGAUACAUUACAUUAACAUCAUUGGGUCAAAUGCUGUCUUAUUUGUUUCUUUUACGCCGUUCUUGGCCCACUGAUUUUGACUACGAAUUACUCUGUUUACCUGCUGAAGACAUAGGGCUCACGGUAUAUGCAGGUGAUGAUAGAACACUGCUAAAUAAAUAGGGAAGUUGACGAUGGAGAAGCUUAAAUCAUCCCGUUUGUCACAAAAUUAAGUUUCCCGUUAAUAUUUAUUUCCAAUAAAAUAUCUAAGUAUGAAGUAGAUGUUGAGGACUCUGUGGUGUCUUUAAAUUCGACUUCAGAGGGAUAUAACGCAUCGACAUAUGGAUGGAAAUGUUAUUGUUAAUAGAUAAAACUUCGUCGAUGUACUUAAAUGUCGAGCAACAGCAAGAUACUUUUUUCUGCUCAUGUAGAAGGUUUUUUAAUAAAGUCUACUUCAUAAGAAUAUAAAAACAGGUCACUUAAAAAAGAAGCACAAUUCAUACCCAUGGGAAUUCCAACAGACUGUUGAAAGACUUGAUCACUUAAGAUUACGAAGAUAUUGUCGACAAGGAACUCCAGCGCAUUUUUAUUUCAACUCCAGUGUACUUGUGCGUGGAAUCAGAGUGGUGUUUAACAAGGUACUUGUUUGGAUGAAUGAUCACUAGAUACGAAUGAAACUUUGAUAUACGUACAUGUAAACAAUACGGAAUAUUGAUAAAGUUUCAGAAAAAUUACACACCACAUUACCGGGUGUAUGUAUUAUAUUCGUUCCUAGUGAUGUCUGAAACUUCACGUUGUGGACACAACUCCUCGGAAACCGUUAAACGGAUUUUGCUCAAAUUUUGUAGGAAUAUUAGUCACCAUAAGUAGUAGUUGAUCAUAUUACAUCGCCAUUGUCAUUCUACAAAUUUUACAGGACUUUGUUGAAUUUGCACAUGGUACACUGCAGGAUCGUUAAUCAUAAUAUAAGGGUUCAAUUAAUAGAAGAAUAUCGGGGCACAUAUUUCAAAUGAAUUAUGGUGCCGGACCACUCCAUCUUGUCCAUGAGGGUAAGGAUCUUGGGGAAAAAUUACCAUCACACAAACAAUCCAACAUUAAGCACCCCUUUUCGUAGACAACGAGAAGAUCACUGGAUCAGGACCCUAUGUACUGCAUUUCCAUAUGGAUGCAAUGCUAAUGUAUAUGAUGUGGGAAAUUUGACUAGUCCACAAGGAAAUAACGUGAAUGUGAUGGGACUCUUUCCCAAUGCCCAAAGACGGAAACGCAGUCAUGGACAUCGUUCAUAUAAAAGACCAAUUAUAAAUGAUGUCACGUUUGAUUCACUUUUGCCUUACCUCAACAGACAAUUAGGUCCACAUCAUAUUCGUACAAAACUUUACUCUGUUCCAUUGAGAGUUUUACACACGUUAUUUGAAGAAGCUAUGGCUAGUCCAUACUUGGAUUUUUCAACACCUGAAUAUAGACGGAACUCUAUGAUUAUGGAUGUUGCUUAUCACAGGCUCUUUAAACCAGCACGGGUCAUGGAUGAUAUUCCUUCCAAAUCAUGCCGCCAGUUCCUUAAGCUUAAAUUUACAAACAAAGGAAUAGAUGCCGUCAACAUAAGCAACAUUCUUCGUCAUAAAAGAGUUCAGUCGUGUAUUCCAACUUAUUUCAAGUUCAAGUCUUCACUCUGUAUUUCCUACAGCUAUACUUCUACUAUUGCAUCCAAACUUUUUAAUUAUAAAAAAAACUUUGCAGUGGUUGGAUAUAGACCAUCUUAUACGUAAUCCACCAACGUGUUCUUGUUCUUCAUCUUCUUUCAACUAUAGUCCAGCUGGACAUCUCAUUACUGGUGAUGUUAAUAUAAUUGUAAAUGAGAACCUCAAAUCACUUAUUCUAAAAGGUCCUAUAUACAGAGAACAUCGGUCUUUUAAUUGUCGAGAGAACUUAAUCUCUAUUAUGAAUUCUGUCAAAGAUUAUGCCAGACGAUGGGCUAAAUAUGAAAAAGAAGAACUUGAUACAUUGUCAGAAUGGGUUAAAAGCAUAAAAGGAAUAUUGAAAUCCCGCAUUAGACAUAUAAAAACAAAAGUACGUAUUAUCUAUUCUUCUGUGUUUAGUAAACCAGAAGUGAUAAAAGAAUUAGAUAGGUUACAUGAGGAAUAUGUUUUGGUUCCAGCUGACAGAGCUAGUGACAACAUUGUCUUUGUUUGUAAUGUUCAUUAUUACAACUGUAUUUUAAACGAACUUGGCAUUAAUUCCACUUUUCGUAAUCGUACUUAUACUCCAUCUGCCCUUUCAAAAGAUGAAAUUCUUCAAAUCCAUGCUUCAGUUAUAGACACAUUCAAUAUCCCAGUCAAUGGGUCGAAUGAAUAUGAGUUACCGUACCUAUAUUGGAUUCCUAAACUACAUAAAAACCCUUACAAACAAAGAUACAUUGCUGGAUCCAGUAAGUGAUCUACCAAGUCCCUAUAUUUGCUCCUCACGAAAAUAUUAACAGCUGCGAAGGAAAAACUUCAAACUUUUUUUUUUUAUUGGCUCUUUUUGGACAUAUAUUAUCAUAUAAACAGGAUGUUACAUGCAACUUCAAUAUUUCAACAAACAUGUUAAACACUGUGUGAAAAUUAAUAGCAAUAUUGUACAAUUACUUUGAAGAUAAAGAGAGACUAGUAUAUGAAAUAUGCAUAACUAAUUCAUUUAAGGAAGAUACAUCUUACAUUGAAAUUAUUUUGUCUUCUAUCUUUUUCCAUACUUGGUUAUAAUAAUCAAGAUUUCUUCUGCCACAAUAAAUUGAUUUUUUAACAAACAGUUUUCUUCUCAAAAAUUGCAAAAAAAUAUAUAAAGAAGGACCACUGUGCCCUGUAUCUGAAUUAAACACAAACUGUAUAUAAUAUUUAGAAAGCAGUAUACAAUAAUUCAGACUUUCACACUUUUCUUCAUAAAAUCCAAAUAUUAUGUCUUGAUGAGAGAUAUCAUUUAUAUAAGUAAUGUUUAAUCUAUUCCACCAAGUUUGGAAAUGCUUCCAAUAAGUACCAACAUAUUCACAAAAGUAAAACCUGUGCUCUAUUGUAUCUAAAUUUCCACAUAAUAUACAAGAAGGUGAUGUUUUAAUUUUCAUUGCAUACAGUAAUUUGUUGUGUGCUAAAAAUCUGUGAAUUAAUUUAUAUUGAAAAGAUUGUAAUGAUGUUUCCAUUGAUAUUGUGAAAGGUAACUUGUAAAUAUUCUCUAACUUUUGCUGUGUUAAUUUUGAAUCAAAAAUAUUUUCCCAUUUUGGUAUACAUGUUGGUAAUUCUGCUAUACUUUCCAUCAAAAUCCAGUAAAAAUCUUUACAAGUCAUGUUUGAUAUGGGACUCCUAUUACCAUUGAAACUCAGUAUAAGCGUAUUUCUAUUUAUAAAAGAAUUAUCAUUUUGUCGAAUAUGCUUUCUCCAACUGUAGGGUAUUGCAUUUCUUAAACAAUAGUAUUCAAAAAAAGAUAUGUUUAAAUUGUGUGUUUCACUUAAUUUUUCAUGGCUAAGGAAGUCUUUAUCUCUAUCUACAAUAUCUCCAAUAUAUAAAAUACCCCUUUCAUACCACUUCUUCCAAAAAACAUCUUUAUUGUCAAUUUUGAUAUUGUCAUUAAACCAUAAACUUUCUUUAAAAACGACUGGUUCAACAUUUACAAUAUGUCUGAAUUCUCUCCAUGUACUAAAAAUAUCACUGUAAAACUUUGGCAAAAAAGUAUCAAUGUCUAAAUGAUCCGUGCAUCCUCUAGAGAUAAUAAAGUCAUUUAAUUCAAUAUCUUGCAAGUAAAAUUGAAUUAUGCUUCUUAAUUUUGAUUUUAUAUUAGUGAAAAUUCUUUUUACCCAGCCUAAUCUUAAUGAUUUGACCUGUAUAUCAAAUUUAGGUACUUUCAAACCCCCUUUACUAAUUUUUUGACUGCUUACUGUACUUUUUACUUUUGGCUUUUCAUUUUUCCAAAUAAAGGCAUUUAUUUCUUUUUCUACUUCUUUAAUUAAUUCUGAUGAGAAAAGUAGAACUUGCGCUUGAUAAAUGAGUUUAGGGAUUGCCAGUGUUUUUGUUAUUAGGAUUUUGCCAAUAAAAGUUAGAUUCCUCAUUUUCCAUAAAUUUAAUGUUAAUUUCAAUUCUUCUAGUUUUGUAUUAAAAUUCUUUCUUAACAUUUUUUCUUCACCUUUUGAACUAAACCAUAUUCCUAAUGUAAAAAAUUGACCUUUUGACCACUUAACAGGUAAGAUUCCUGGUCUGAAAUUUUUACAACUUCCAAUCCAAACUGCUUCUGAUUUAUCUAAAUUAAUUUUGAGUCCAGAACAAUGUUUAAAAUUUUGAAUGAUGUUUAGUAAUUCAAUUCCAGAUUUCUCAUCACUUAAAAAGCAGGUAGUGUCAUCUGCUAGUUGACUUAUCUUAAAUUCUGUUUCAGCAAUUCUGAUUCCAUGAACUUUUUAAUUCUUCUAGCAAGUACUUUUGAUAAAAUUUUGUAGUCAAAGUUAAGAAGUGAUAUUGGUCUCCAGUUUUUAAGUACAGUCCUAUCUUUAUCUUUUUUAGGUACAAGAGUUAUGAUGCUUUUUCUUUGAUCUAUGGAAAGUUUGUGUUUUUGGAUACUUUCAUUGAAGCUGUCAAUUAUUAAUUCUGAAAUGUCUUUCCAAAAAUACUUAUAAAAUUCCAUUUGGAAACCAUCAGUGCCAGGCGAUUUAUUGCAUUUAAAAGUGUUUAGUAUAGCUUCACAUUCAUGAACUGUAAUAGGUUCUUCACAAGACAAGGAAUCCUCUUUUUCAAGUUUUUGAAUAUUCAUAUUGUAAGUAAAUUGAUCAAUAUAAUUCUUAUAGUCACAAUAAUCUAAAUCUGAUGUGUAUAACUUUUCAAAAAAUGAUUCUUCUUUUAAUAUUUUCUCUCUUCCUUCCAAAACCCCUUUAUUUUGACGUUAUUGUAGAUAUGUAUUUAUUUUUAUAGUUUCUUUUUUCUAAGGAGAGAAAAUAUUUAGUACACUUUUCUCCUUCUUCACACCACUUUGCUUUUGAUACCUCUUGUUUUAUUUUCAUUUAUCAAUUCCAACUUUUCUUUAAUUUCAUUAUAUUUAUUUACAUUUUCUUCCGUAGGAUCUUCCGACAUUUUUCGUUUUUGAUCAUCAAGUUCCUUAGCUAUGUUUUCUUCAUUUUUUCUUAGUUUGCGAGCUUUAAGUUUUGAAAAUUUUACUAUAAACCCUCUGAGUUCACAUUUUAUGGUGUCCCAUUUUAGUUGUUUAUCAUUCAUAAAAAAAUAUUUAUCUUUUAGCUGUAAAAUGUUUUGUUUUGUUUUCAACACAAACUCUUCAUCUUCUAAUAGGGAUGAAUUAAAUUUCCAAAAACCGGGGCCUCUAUCUUCGAAACUUUUACCCUUUAUAUUCAAAGUAAUUAUACUAUGAUCAGUUUUUAUGGAUGGUUUAAUACUUGUUUUGCAAAGUGGUGCAAGAAAAGCAGGAAUUAAGAAAAAAUCUAAUCUUGAUAAUAUUAUAGGAUUUUUCCGACUAAACGUAAAUAGCAUACCAUUUGGAUUUUGUUCUCGCCAUAUAUCUACAAGGUUUAAAUCUUUUAUUGAAGAUAUAAGAUUGUCUCUAUAUUUAGAUUUUCCUUCAAUACACCCCCCUUUCUUAUCCAAAUUUGGGUUCAAUGUAAUAUUGAAGUCGCCACCUAGAAUCAGAUUCUGAGAACUCUCUUCUUCUAAGUGCUUUAAGACGUUGUUUAAAAAUUCAUUCUGUUCUGAUGGGUUAUCCUUAGUUGGUGCAUACACAUUUGAUAAAAUAAAUUCUGUUUUAUCUAAUUGUACAAAAACUUGUAGAAAUCUACCAGCAUUGACACAUGUAUGUUUUAAUAUCUUAUACUCAACAUUAUGUGGAAAUAAAAUUGCUACACCUUUACUAUUUGAUUCUCCAUGAUUAAAUAUGAUAUCCGAGUUCCAUUCGUUUAUCCACUUUGAUUCAUCUUGUGCAGUUGAGUGUGUUUCU